GUAACAAAUAAUGGUUGAACUAUACGGAUGUUACGUCUCCAAUUCAAGACAUUUUUCAGGGCAAUUGCUUUAAUUUCCUUUUUAUUAGUGAACUUGUGUGCUGUACUAGUAUAGCAAAGCUCAUACAUUUGUUUGACUGUGCCCACAAAUUGUGGGCAGCUCAGCUUCCUCCUCCUCCUUCCAAAUCAUUGCUCUUCUUCACUUUUGUCUCAAAAAAGCCAAGCCCUCCUCUUCAAUUACCACUCUCUUUAAUCAAAACCCUUUCUUUCUUUCUUUUUUUCCUCCAUAGCCCAUUUCCUCUACCAAAUCACUAGGGCUUUUGCUUUGCUCUGCUUGGUCUCCAUAGCAGAAGAAGCAAAAUGUGCAGGGACUGUGAAGAGAAAUGAGUCAAUGACUGAGAAGAGAUGGGGUGCGUCUUCGGCAGGCAGGCUUCGGCGAAGCCAGUAGGGAAGAACGAGGGUGGAGAAAUUAGGGUUUCCAAGAAAGCAGAGGCGAGCGGCGGCGAGGUCACUGAGGCUCGGAAUGGUGUGAGUAAUAGUAACGAUAACAGUAACAAUGGUCGCAAGGAGAAUGAGGAGGAGAGGAGUUCGAGGCCCAAAGGCGAGAAGAGGCGAUCGUCCAGGCCCAAUCCUAGGCUCAGCAAUCCCCCCAAGAACCUCCAUGGCGAGCAGGUUGCCGCCGGUUGGCCUUCCUGGCUCUCCGCCGUCGCCGGCGAGGCUAUCAAUGGCUGGACGCCGCGCCGUGCCGAUACCUUCGAGAAGCUUGAUAAGAUUGGGCAAGGGACGUAUAGUAAUGUGUACAAAGCUAGGGAUGCUUUGACGGGGAAAAUUGUUGCACUAAAGAAAGUUCGGUUUGAUAAUUUGGAGCCAGAAAGUGUAAAGUUCAUGGCUAGAGAGAUUCUCAUUCUGCGCCGUUUGGAUCAUCCUAAUGUUGUAAAGUUAGAAGGCUUAGUGACUUCGAGGAUGUCGUGUAGUUUGUAUCUUGUAUUUGAAUAUAUGGAGCAUGAUUUGGCAGGACUUGCUGCAAGCCCUGCAAUCAAGUUCACAGAGCCUCAGGUUAAAUGUUAUAUGCACCAGCUAUUAUCAGGGCUUGAACAUUGUCACAACCGCCAUGUGCUUCAUCGUGAUAUUAAAGGGUCCAAUCUUCUUAUUGAUAAUGGUGGAGUCCUAAAGAUUGCAGAUUUUGGAUUGGCUUCCUUCUUUGAUCCUAAUCACAAGCAACCAAUGACUAGUAGGGUGGUCACUCUUUGGUAUCGGCCCCCAGAGCUUCUUCUUGGUGCCACUGAUUAUGGUGUAGGUGUGGACCUUUGGAGUGCUGGCUGCAUUUUAGCUGAGCUGUUGGCUGGGAAACCAAUCAUGCCAGGUCGCACAGAGGUGGAACAGCUACACAAGAUAUUUAAGUUAUGUGGCUCCCCUUCUGAAGAAUAUUGGAAAAAGUCAAAGUUGCCUCAUGCAACCAUUUUUAAGCCUCAACAAUCAUACAAACGAUGCAUUGCAGAGACAUUUAAAGAUUUUCCACCGUCAUCGUUGCCACUAAUUGAGACCCUCCUUGCAAUUGACCCAGCUGAACGUCAGACUGCCACUGCAGCAUUGAGGAAUGAAUUCUUCGUAACCAAACCUUAUGCUUGUGAGCCUUCUAGCCUUCCAAAAUAUCCACCCAGCAAAGAGAUGGAUGCUAAGCUACGGGAUGAAGAAGCUAGAAGAUUGAGAGCUGUUGGGAAAGCUAAUGCAGAUGGUGUGAGGAAAUCUCGCCCACGUGAUUGCAGGGGACUUCCUGCUCCAGAAGCGAACGCUGAGCUUCAAGCCAAUCUUGAUAGGCGACGCCUAAUAACACAUGCAAAUGCAAAGAGUAAGAGUGAGAAGUUUCCUCCUCCACACCAAGAUGGAACGCUUGGCUAUCCUUUGGGUUCGUCAAAUCACAUCGAUCCUGUUUUUGAUCCUCCUGAUGUUCCAUUCAGUUCCACAAACUUCUCAUAUUCAAAAGAAUCCAUCCAAACUUGGUCUGGCCCAUUGGUGGACCCUGGUGCAGUAGGGGCUCCAAGGAGGAAGAAACACGCAUCAGGACAUAUUCAUUCACAGUCAAAGUCCUCAAAAAAAGACUCAAAAAGAUGAGGGUCAGCUCGGAUCAGUUAGAAAAUGUCAUUUGAAACAACUUUCUGUCAUUUUGUGAGACUGCUCAUGAGGGCUGCAAAUGCUGCUGAUUCAUCCGAGCCGGGAAAGCCAUUCAAAUUGAGAGGUGAUAUAUAAUUAUAUAUCUUGUAAUUCAGUUUUCUCAUUUGUUUUCUAUUAUUUUUGUAUGAGAGGCUUAUUUAUAUUGUAUAUUUUAUUUCUUCAUAUUUUCUCUCUGCCUUUAAACAAUGUAUUUAGGUUAGUUGUAAUUCUAAUAAAUUUGUUUUGGGAACUCCAAUCUUGGUUUCAGUUGUCAUCUCCAAUUUUGUUA